AUGGAUAGAAAAAUGGUGUCUUAUUGCCGUGCUUGUGGGCUCUUACUGUUCCUUUCUCUAUUUUCUUUGAUAAAAUCUGACGAUACGCAGGCUGCGGGGAUGCAUAACCCUCUACACGAUUCAAAACUAACACACGAUAAAGAGUAAGUGUAAAAUCCUUAUAGUUAAUAGUUUCAGAUGUAAUAUUAUUUGUUCUAAACCAAUAAUAAGGUUUCUGUCUCCCUUUGCGUAAGGUUUUUCGUAUGUUAUUUAUUUUCAAUCUAUUUUCGAGCUAAUUGUCUCGUUUUAUUAAGGAACCAACCACAAAACGACCGUAGCGUAUUAACUUAUUACACGUGUAUUGUAAGAAGCCUUGUCCAUCGAUCAACUAUUUGAUUUUGCAAUGAGUAGUGUAAGAUAACAUCAAUUGUGAUGAUCUGGAAAACAACUGGACUCUGACAUUUGGUUGGUACGAGCCAGCAGUUACGUAUUGCCAAUCCUCUCAUUGUAGAAUUCCCAAAUAUUUAUCCUUUUCAGAUUUACAAUCCAGAAUCAUUUUUUUCCCCUCUGAGAUCUCACAUGCAAGUCACAAAUCUCCUUUUUUUGUAAUUAGAUAAAUCUAGCAUGCUAGAAAGACAAUGGGAGAUCCUCUGUUUAGUUUGUGUUGCAUAUAGUGCACUUUUUUAAUUAACUCCCAGAAAAGAUUAACAUGUAACUUCUUCCCAUAAUAGUUCCAUGCAUUAACCAGCAAACAGAUUACAAGAAUACCCAAAAUCAUCAGGUAGAAGUUGUUAUCUUGGUCUAAAACCAAAUUCUUGCUACUAAUAUACUGGGAGAUGUGUAGCAGCCAUAGGAGGGGAUUAAGAAUCAUAUCUUGAGAGUAAAAGGAUUAAGUCAAAAACAGGGUAGCAUGCAUACUCUGACUGUCAUUUUUAUUCAAAUUGCAGCCAUAUCAAGGAACAUCUUAAGGAUGAAAUUGACUUGAAGGAUGAACAGAUGUCUGACGAGGAUCUCCAAUUCCACUACUUUAAACUGCAUGACUAUGACAAUAACAACAAAUUGGAUGGAAUUGAGCUAAUGAAUGCCAUGACCCAUUAUCAUGAUGAAGAAGGUGAAGGAAAGAACCCACAGUAUAGUGACGACGAAAUGGGACACAUGAUAGAUCAAAUUUUAGAUGAGGAUGACCACAACAAAGACGGCUAUAUUGAUUAUCCAGAAUUUGUAGCAUCACAGAAGUCUUAACAUACAGAGAUUGAAUAUUAUAUGUUUGUGUUUUUGAGAAAAUAAAUAUGCAAUGGUCAAUUUGUUACUGGUGGUGUCCGUUAUAACUUGAGCGGGAAGGAGACAUCCUUUUUUCAGUGCCAACUUGUUUUCCAGUGUCUGCAAGGGACAUUGAAAGUGCUAGGGAAGGGAGGAGAGGAGAGAUAGAGACAGAGAGGGAAGAGAGGGGCAGGCGACAGUAGAAAGUCCUUGGAACUCUUGGUGGGGGUCGCUAUCAGGUUUUACAAACAUGUACUUUAGAACACCUGUAGAUGUUGUUGUUGUUUUUUUAAUUCUGAAUUUGUUGUAGAGAAAUAGAGCUUUCACAUAUAUAACUAGUGCUAUAGUCUAUAAAAUUUAUCUGAAAAUUUCACCAUUAUUCAAAGUUUAAAGGACAAAUACCUAGGCUAUUCACUCCUGUGGUCUCCUUGAGGACCACAAAGGUCCAGAGCCAUGUUCUUUUUAACCCUUUAACCCUUAAGAGUGACAAGCAUCUAAUUUCUGCUUACAAUAUCAACAACUAAACAAACUCUUGAUUGUUAGACAAAUUCUCCUUGUCAGCACCUUAGUAAAUGUAAAGAGAGAAGUAUGGAGAAUAUAAAUACUGAUGUUAGGGUGUAAAGGGUUAAUACCUGGUAACACCCACCUUCAGCGAAAGUCCAGACAAGUGUGCUUGGAUGUUUGGUUUCUCCACUCCCCCUUCCAAACAUGUGUGUCAUACUUAUGAAUGGUACCAACUAAAGCUUCUAAAUAAAUUUUACAUGCCAGAGAGAAGCUUUAGAAAGAGGGAUGUCUCCUUCCUCAGACUUUCUCUAUCAGACACCACUUAAAUUAUUUUUUAGCAGAAUGACUAUCAAAAUUAAUUACUUGGAUGGAUGUAAAAGAAUGAUG